GGGGGGGGGAUUACCCAAAAUGAAGGUUAUGAUGUCAGAAAUGUAGGUAAGUCUCAUAAAUUAAGAUCCUUACACUAGAAGUUUCUUGAACAGUUUCCAAAACAAGGCCCAGACUGUUCAGUGCAUUGUAGUAUUAAGCUGUGACUAAAUCUGCCUGUCAUGAUUCGUACUAUCCAGUGUGAAAUACUUCCAUUUUUAUCAGCUGAAAUCUUCCUUUUUUCAACCUAGUUACCCUAUUUCAGCUCCAAAAGUAUGCUUUUUCAAAAAAAGAAAAAAAGAGGGGGAGGGGCCUGUGGAUUUAUCAGAUGAAAUCGUAUUCUUGUUGAAAUUAGUGAGUCUUGUGCUUGACUCAAAUGAGGUUAGUUCUCACGAUGGUGUGUUUCUCUGUUCUACGUACAGACAUAACACUAAAAAACCUUGAAACUUGCAUCAUAUAUCAAUCUCUGUCUCACUAGAUUGGUUUCCUUGUUUUUUCUGAACAUAUUCCAGUUUGUCAACCAUUUCUUAUAAAGAGGAUCCUAAUGCUCUGUGUAGUACUUCAAGCAUAGCUGCACCAAUUUGUGCUGAAACAUGCUACAAUCUUGUGACAUCUUAUGUUUUUCUAUAAGCAGGAUGAUACCCGUAGGCCUCCUAGUGCAAGAGUCAUGCCUUCCAUGUUCUGUAUAGUUACCUCCAAAGUCUGGUUUAUGAGAAAUUGUGAAAAUAGUAAUACAAACAUUACUACCACUGCAUUUUCAUUUGAGUAUGACGUUCUGAUAUAGUAGUCUUCUGAACAGAACUUAAAAAAAAAAGUAUUCUUUUCCACCAUGGAUAGCUAUAAACAAGAGCACCCAGCUUUUGUUACCUCUUCUCACUUAGAAUUGAAUUGUACACGAGAAAAUUGCAGGUAGCAGCUUUCUGGGCUUGCUGUUAGUACUGCCUUAAAUUGCAUACAAAGUAAACUUUUCAAAUUUACUGUGAAUAGUCAAUAUCCUGAAAACUGAAUCAUUUCAGGGAACAAUUGUUAACAGAUAUGUCCGACCCUAUUUUGGGUAGUAGAACUUUUAAUCAGUAAUUCAGAAUUUAACAGUAACUUGUGUGAUUGUUUCUGCUGAGGUAAGAAAAAGACUGAAGUUAUGCACAACUCUUGACUACAGCUUGAAAGCUAACUACCUCUGUUGUCAGCUGUCUUCAUGCAUAUCUAGAUGUCAGGAGUUCAUAUUUAUUAUGAGCUGUCUCAGUGUGUAUUUAGCUGUCAGGAGUUCAUAUUUAUUUGCUGAAGUGUUGUUGGAGUCCAAACAUUGCAAAGAGCUUGUGGUUAGUGAAUGUAAUGAAGAGAACUUCGAUGUUGUUGAAUGAUGCACAGUUGCAUUUCGUAUACUAUUUUUAGUUCAGCACAUAAUUGUUUUAUACGUCAGAAGAACGCUGUACAUGAACGUAAGAUUUAAGUGCAGAAUUAGCAGAGGAAAAGAGUAACAGUGUUUGCAGGCCUCCUGAGAAGGACGUAACUAUGGAAUACCCAUUUAUGAUCCAGAUGCUUGGUACAGCAUGUUCUGUAUCUGAUACAAAGCAAGAACCAACAGCCAACAUGUCUAGCAAAAGGGCAAAGACGAAGACCACCAAGAAGCGCCCUCAGCGUGCCACUUCCAAUGUAUUUGCAAUGUUUGAUCAGUCGCAGAUUCAAGAAUUCAAAGAGGCUUUCAACAUGAUUGAUCAGAACAGGGAUGGCUUCAUUGACAAAGAAGACUUGCAUGAUAUGCUUGCUUCCCUUGGGAAGAAUCCAACAGAUGAAUACCUAGAUGCCAUGAUGAAUGAGGCUCCAGGUCCCAUAAACUUCACUAUGUUCCUCACAAUGUUUGGAGAGAAGUUAAAUGGCACGGACCCAGAAGAUGUAAUCAGAAAUGCUUUUGCUUGUUUUGAUGAGGAAGCGACAGGGUUUAUUCAAGAAGACUACCUGAGAGAGCUGCUGACGACUAUGGGAGACAGGUUUACAGAUGAAGAGGUAGAUGAGCUGUACAGGGAGGCACCAAUUGACAAAAAGGGGAAUUUCAACUACAUUGAGUUCACACGCAUCCUUAAACAUGGAGCAAAAGACAAGGAUGACUGAGCAAAACUCCUGAUACCUGCAGAUAUCUCUUUACUUUUCACUUAUGUUUAUUUCUGAGGGUUUUUUUCCUGGUAGAACUUGUUGCAUGCAUUUAGCUUUACAGCUUUUGCCUUUCUCAAUGUAUUUAUCUAUUCCAGGCCAUCUAGGCACACUUGCACCUGUGUAAUCAGACUGGAAACGGGGAAAAUAUUGUGAGGAAAAGGAUAUAGGGACAAAGAUCUGUGAACAUGAAAGCCCAGGAAAAUAAUCUCAAUGUUUCUGGUUUAGCUGGAUUUUUACAUUUUUGUAAUGAACGCCAUUUUGAAAUAAAGAUUGCUAUAUAGAUAAAAUAC